AAUUUAGACGAAAGUCCAGUAAGCCUACACGUCAACACUCAAUUUUUUUUUGAGCCAGUUGUUCUCUUCCUUCCGGCCCAAGAAUCUUAUCAACUCCCCACCAAUCCAUACGAAGAACUCUUAACCGGACACGUCACUCACCCAACCAAAAGAAAACCAAAAUGCUCCACAAAUUAGCCGCCGUCUCCGCCGCCACCACCGCCACCUCGCCGGUACUUCUCCUCUCCGCCACCGCCUCUUCUUCCUCCGCUCUCUCCAACCCAUUCCUCGCCAUCCCCAAAAGACUCAAACUUCCCACCUCAAAGCCUCUCUCUUCCAGACCCAUCUCCCGUUCCCAGCCCACCACCAUGAACAUCCUCAACAAGCUCGGGUUCGGCGUCCGGUCCCCCGACCCGUCCGCCAUGGACCCGACGAUCCCCCAGAGCCCCGACGACGAUUCCCCCGCCCCCGGCCAGCAGUUCGCCCAAUUCGGAGCUGGGUGCUUCUGGGGAGUCGAACUGGUGUUUCAGAGGGUUUCCGGCGUUACAAAGACGGAGGUCGGGUAUACUCAGGGUCUCCUCCACAAUCCUACCUACGAGGACAUCUGCACCGGUACUACCAGCCACUCUGAGGUGGUUAGGGUUCAGUUUGAUCCCAAGGAGUGUAGCUACGACGCUCUGCUGGAUGUUUUCUGGGCUAGGCACGACCCUACCACCAUGAAUCGCCAGGUUGGGAACGAUGUUGGAACGCAGUACAGAUCCGGGAUAUACUACUACACACCGGAGCAGGAGAAAGCUGCAAAGGAGUCGAUGGAACGACAUCAGAAGGCCUUCAACAGGAAGAUAGUGACUGAGAUUUUGCCAGCCAAGAAGUUCUACCGAGCUGAAGAGUACCACCAGCAGUACUUAGCUAAAGGUGGGCGUUCUGGUUUCAAGCAGUCCGCUGAGAAGGGCUGCAACGAUCCGAUCAGAUGCUAUGGCUAAAAGGCGGGCAGAGGCAGGCAACUGCCAAUGUUCAUAUAAAUAAAAUAAGCUCAUGGUGAAAAAUGUGGAGGUGACAAUAUGAGUUUUAUAUGCAGAAAAAUAAGCUGUGUAAUUUGUGACCCUGCCUGAAACUACAUUGCUUCUGCCGCUUCGUUCAUGAAUAUAGCGUUGUGUUAACGAAAGUGCGUAAAGGAGUGUUAUUUGGACCUGUUGGUUUGUGACGUGAUAUUAAAGCUGGUUUGAUCAUGGUCACGAUGGUACGUGUUCAAAUCGUCCCAAUUGCUGGCUAUGAGCUUGGAGCCAUUGUUGUUAUGCUUUUCCCGCCUUCCCUCCAAAGCUAGUUACUUUUGCAGAGAUGACAGGUUUCCUUUCUUAUACUGCCAACAAAACCGACCGACGCCAUGUGCUUUGGCUGUCUGUCUCCGAAGAUACGAUGCGAGACCACGAGAUCAGUUGCGCCUCUGGCUUUGGUAUAUCAUUGUCAAGAUGACAUGUGAUCAGUUUAUUGUAGUUCCUAACAAUAAGGCCCAAAAUGUAAAGACAAGAAAACCACACUUGACGAUGCCGAUCGAAUCGAAGCUCUGUUCUGUACUUUGGGAUUCACCGUCCGUCAGGC